AUGGGGUGCAUUGAAACCAGCGGUGCUGAGGGCAGGGAGGAGCAGGGCAGUGCUGAGGGCAGGGAGGAGCAGAGCGGUGCUGAGGGCAGGGAGGAGCAGAGCGGUGCUGAGGGCAGGGAGGAGCAGAGCAGUGCUGAGGGCAGGGAGGAGCAGGGCAGCGCUGAGGGCAGCGAGGAGCAGAGCGGCGCUGAGGGCAGCGAGGAGCAGAGCGGCGCUGAGGGCAGGGAGGAGCAGAGCGGUGCUGAGGGCAGGGAGGAGCAGGGCAGCGCUGAGGGCAGCGAGGAGCAGAGCGGUGCUGAGGGCAGGGAGGAGCAGGGCGGUGCUGAGGGCAGGGAGGAGCAGGGCAGAGCUGAGGGCAGCGAGGAGCAGGGCAGUGCUGAGGGCAGGGAGGAGCAGGGCAGUGCUGAGGGCAGCGAGGAGCAGAGCGGUGCUGAGGGCAGGGAGGAGCAGAGCGGUGCUGAGGGCAGCGAGGAGCAGGGCGGCGCUGAGGGCAGGGAGGAGCAGGGCAGUGCUGAGGGCAGGGAGGAGCAGGGCAGAGCUGAGGGCAGCGAGGAGCAGGGCAGUGCUGAGGGCAGCGAGGAGCAGAGCGGUGCUGAGGGCAGGGAGGAGCAGAGCGGUGCUGAGGGCAGGGAGGAGCAGGGCAGCACCCGGCUCUCUGCCCGGCCCAGCAGCUGCCAGCAGCUCUCCCCAGCACGGCUCCUCUGCAGCCCUCAGCACAGAAACCGCUGGCGACUCCAGGCACACCUCACACCUGAGACGAGCACCUUCCAAAAACAGCCUGACAGAACAAACUGCAAUUUGUCCAGCACGCCCGGACAGACACCCCAAGCUGCGCUGCCCGCAGCCAGCCAGCGGCAGGGGAAGCCUUACACGGGACUUGUUGCUUUACGCCGCGGGAAAAACAGGGAGAAGGGAUCCUGGAGAGCGCCGGCUGCGAGCCCCGGUGGGAGCGCGGGGAAAGCCGGGCUCGCCCGUCCGGCCGUGCCCGGAGGGGCUGGCGCUGUCCCCGCGGCGGUCCCGGCCCCGGCUCGGCACUCCGGUUCCGCCGCCUCGGCCCGGGAGGAUGCUGGGCUCUGGGCGCUCGGCGGGCACGGCCGCAGCGCGUCCCGGGGCCCGGCACCAGAACGGGCUCCGCUGCCCCGGCCCCUGCGCCAGGAACGGCCGCUGCCGCCCCGGAGCCGCGCCGGGGACGGCGGGCAGGGGGCAGCGAGCACCCCCCGCCCCCGGGCGCGCUGCCGCGGUUGCGGGAGGCGCGGAGCGCCGCUGUCACGGCCCGCCCGGGGCGGCGGCAGCGCCGUCAGCCUCUACACUUCCCCGCAGGUCGGGGCUGCGGGCGCCAGUGCCGGGCCCAUCGCGGUCCGGUCCCCGCUCCCCGCUCUCCGCCGGGGCGGUCUCCCGGCACCGCAGGAGCGGGCACAGCCCGGCCGUGCGCGGGAUGAGCCCCAGGCCGGGAAGGGGCACAGGGCGAGCCCCGGACGCGCAGGGGGUUCCGGGCCACCCCCUCCCCACGGCCCCGGCCCCGGCCCCGGCCUCGGCUCCGGCCCGGCGCGGGCCCGCCAGGCCCCGUCGCCCCCCGCCCUUGGCCCCGCCAGGCCCGGGCCGCCCGCGCCCCCUCACCUGCGCUGGGCUCGGCUCCGGGCCGGGGCGGGCGGGGGUCGCUCAGUCCAUGGGCCGGGUGGGACCGGCGGGGCGGCACAGGGCAAACACCAAAGAGAAUGA